AGCUCCGGACGAGCCUCCCGAUGCGGUGUGCUCCUGGGACGAACUCCCCGGCUCAGCCGCGCCUCCCGCGGCUGACGGAUGAUGCUCUGCUGCGGUCUCUGUCUCCCACAGUCCUCGAGGAUGGACCCCGCCGUGGGCGCCGCAGAACAGCGUGGGGACGAGAAGGCCGGGAGCCCGCAGCCGGAGCCUGCGCCGUGGCAAGCCCUGCCGGUCCUGUCCGAGCAGCAGUCCGGGGACGUGGAGCUGGUGCUGGCCUACGCCGCGCCCGUCCUCGACAAGCGCCAGACCUCGCGGCUGCUCAAGGAGGUGUCGGCCGUCCAUCCGCUGCCCGCCCAGUCUCACCUCAAGAGGGUGCGGCCAAGCCGCGACGCCAGCCACCCGCACGCACUGGACAUGCUGCUGUGCCUGGCGGGGCCGGCCGUGGGCACGCGCUCGCUCGCCGAGCUCCUCCCGUGGCCGGCCGUGGACGCCCAGGGCCUGGGACAGCCCUUCUUGGUGCCCGUGCCCGCCCGGCCGCCUCUGACCAGGGGCCAGUUUGAGGAGGCGCGUGCCCACUGGCCCACGUCCUUCCACGAAGACAGGCAGGUGACCCGCGCCCUGGCCGGGCGGCUCUUCUCGGCGCAGGAGCGGGCCACGAUGCAGGGCCACAUGGAGCGGGCUAUCCGAGCGGCGCAGCAGGCGGCCGCGAGGGGCCUGAGGGCCGUGGGGGCCGUGGUGGUGGACCCGGGCUCAGACCGCGUGCUGGCCACGGCCCACGACUGCAGCGGCCCAGCCAGCCCCCUGCUGCACGCCACCAUGGUGUGCAUUGACCUGGUGGCCCAGGGCCAGGGCCGCGGCGCCUACGACCUCGGGCCCCACCCCGCCUGCUCCUCCGCCCCAGCCACCACCGCCCAGGCCGUCCGGGCGGGCUCCGUGCGCAAGCUGGAUGAGGACGUGGACGCGGACGGCCUGCCCUACGUGUGCACUGGCUACGACCUCUACAUCACCCGCGAGCCCUGCACCAUGUGCGCCAUGGCCCUGGUGCACUCCCGCGUGCGGCGCGUCUUCUACGGGGCGCCCUCGCCCGACGGCGCCCUGGGCACCCGCUUCCGCCUGCAUGCCCGGCCCGACCUCAACCACCGCUUCCUCGUGUUCCGCGGCGUGCUGGAGGCCCAGUGCCGCCGGCUGGACCCCGACACCUAGGCCCCGGCCCGCCGGCC